UCUGAGUCUGCAGGUGACACUGCUUAGGUACAGAGCAGCGAGCCGAGCCGCAGCAACCUAGCGCCGGGCUGCAGUCCUGGGAUGGAAACCGCGCGUCUCGAAGCGGCUCGAGGCUGUUCGGGCAGCGCCUGCCCUUAGCUCGGAGGAUCCCGUUAGUACUUACCCAGGGAUGUGCACCUGCCUUGCCAUCCGAGAGUAGGAGCAGAUCUGCAGGCAGCGAGGUGAGCGGUGAAGCCGGAAGAACUGUCCCUGCCCAUGUGCAAGGCAGUGAUUUCGGGGGAGAGAGAGGGGGGAAUGAGUCUCCUUAGAGUUGGAAAGGCGGCAAGAUCUUGGGUUUAUCUUCCGUAAAGGGACAGGGGACUCCCCCAGUUGGGUUUUGCACUUUUCUUACCUCUCCCACCCUAUGCGCGCCCCGGCCAAGGGCCGAAGCCCCACUUCCAGCAUGCUUUGGGUGCCCGGGUUCCGCGCCGCUCAGCGGGAAGGCGGCAGGCAAGAGGUCUAACCGCGGCGGCGGCAGCAGCAGCAGCAAAGCGGUAGCAGAAGAAUUUGAAGAGACAUCCGUUCCCUCUCACACACUGAGGGGGAGGCAUUCGCAUUUCCCCAAAUGAGAAGGAGCCACAAGAAAUCAUGAAGUAAAAACUUUGGAAAGCUGCCACUGGAGAUGUUGCUCAGAAAUCUGGAAUCUUUUAAGAGCCUCCUCCCAAUCGUUGGAGGUUUUGGGAGCAGCUGAUACAGCAAGGAGGGCUGUUGCAAGGAUUCAAGUUCUGGAAGCCCUGGAGGAGCAGCACAGAGGGGGAGAGCGUGGCGAGAGAAUGAAGAAACCAACUGCCCAGGAGAAGCAUGAGGUGGCAGUGCGGCACUCGGUUUAGAGGGCUUCGGCCAGCAGCGGUCCUAUGGGCGGCACUGCUGGCACUGGGCCUCCCUGCUUGGGUGUUGGCUGUCUCGGCCACCGCCGCUGCUGUGGUCUCCGAGCAGCAUGCCCCAGCCGGCCAGCCUCCCCUGGACUGGCUGCUCACAGACCGGGGCCCCUUCCACCGCGCCCAGGAGUAUGCUGACUUCAUGGAGCGCUACCGCCAGGGUUUCACAACCAGGUACAGGAUCUACAGGGAGUUUGCCCGUUGGAAAGUGAACAGCUUGGCUCUGGAAAGGAAGGACUUUUUCAGUUUGCCAUUGCCUCUUGCCCCAGAGUUCAUCCGGAACAUCCGCCUCCUGGGAAGAAGACCCAACCUGCAACAGGUUACCGAAAACCUGAUCAAAAAGUACGGCACUCAUUUCUUACUUUCUGCCACCCUUGGAGGAGAAGAGUCCCUUACCAUUUUUGUGGACAAGCAGAAGCUCAGCCGAAAGACAGAGACGGUGGGAGGUGCCCCUGUAUCUGGGGGCAGUGGGAACAGCUCUGCCGUGUCCCUGGAGACCCUGCACCAGCUGGCGGCCUCUUACUUCAUUGACAGAGAGAGCACUCUGAGAAGGCUGCACCACAUCCAGAUCGCCACAGGGGCCAUCAAGGUCACAGAGACAAGGACUGGUCCCCUGGGUUGCAGCAACUAUGACAAUCUGGACUCAGUCAGCUCUGUCCUGGUGCAGAGUCCGGAGAACAAGGUUCAGCUACUAGGCCUGCAAGUGCUCCUGCCUGAAUACUUGCGGGAGCGGUUUGUGGCUGCGGCACUCAGCUACAUCACAUGCAGCUCUGAGGGUGAGCUUGUCUGCAAGGAGAAUGACUGCUGGUGCAAGUGUGGCCCCGCCUUCCCAGAAUGCAACUGUCCUGAUGCUGACAUCCAGGCCAUGGAGGAUAGCCUGCUGCAGAUCCAGGACUCCUGGGCAACUCACAACCGGCAGUUUGAGGAGUCAGAGGAGUUCCAGACCCUGCUGAAAAGGCUGCCCCAGGACCGGUUUCUGAACUCCACAGCCAUCUCCCAGUUCUGGGCCAUGGACACCAGCCUCCAGCACCGCUACCAGCUGCUGGGAGCCAGCUUGAAAGUGCUGCUCAAGAAGACCCGUCGGAUCGUCCGCCGGCUCUUCAACCUCUGCAAGCGCUGCCACCGGCAGCCUCGCUUCCGCCUGCCCAAGGAGAGGCCUGUGUCCUACUGGUGGAACCGAAUCCAGUCCCUCCUCUAUUGUGGAGAAAGCACCUUCCCUGGCACCUUCCUAGAACAAAGCCACAGCUGCACCUGCCCCUAUGACCAAUCUUCCUGCCAGGGCCCUCUCCCAUGUGCCUUGGGUGAAGGUCUUGCGUGUGCCCACUGUGCUCCAGACAACAGCACACGCUGUGGGAGCUGCAACCCUGGCUAUGUGCUGGCCCAGGGGCUUUGCCGGCCAGAGGUGGCUGAGUCCUUGGAGAACUUCUUGGGGCUGGAGACAGACCUGCAGGACCUAGAGCUGAAGUACCUGCUACUGAAGCGAGACAGCCGCAUAGAGGUUCACUCCAUAUUUAUCAGCAAUGACAUGCGCCUGGGCAGCUGGUUUGACCCUUCCUGGAGGAAGCGCAUGCUACUCACCCUGAAGAGCAACAAGUACAAGCCUGGGCUGGUGCACGUGAUGCUGGCCUUGUCUCUGCAGAUCUGCCUCACCAAGAACAGCACCCUAGAGCCUGUCAUGGCCAUCUACGUCAACCCCUUUGGGGGCAGCCACUCGGAGAGCUGGUUCAUGCCCGUGAAUGAGGGCGACUUCCCUGACUGGGAAAGGACUAACGUGGACACAGCUGCCCAGUGCCAAAACUGGACUAUCACCUUGGGAAACAGGUGGAAGACCUUCUUUGAGACGGUCCAUGUUUACCUACGGAGCCGAAUCAAGUCCCUGGAUGACAGCUCCAAUGAGACAAUCUACUACGAGCCCCUGGAGAUGACUGAUCCCUCCAAGAAUCUUGGCUACAUGAAAAUCAAUACUUUGCAGGUCUUUGGCUACAGCCUGCCCUUUGACCCAGAUGCUAUCCGGGACUUAAUUCUCCAGCUGGACUACCCAUAUACUCAAGGUUCCCAGGACUCUGCCCUCUUGCAGCUCAUUGAGCUUAGGGACCGGGUGAACCAGCUCUCUCCACCUGGCAAAGUCCGCCUUGACCUAUUUUCCUGCUUGCUCCGGCAUCGGCUCAAGCUGGCCAACAAUGAGGUGGGCAGGAUCCAAUCCUCCCUGAGGGCUUUCAAUUCCAAGCUGCCAAACCCCGUGGAGUAUGAGACAGGCAAACUCUGUAGCUAAUGGGGGGUCCACUCCAAGUGCCGGGCAGGGAGGGAAAUCCACAGAUCCCAGGUGCAAAGAUAAUCCAAGGCCUAACCUUAGUGCCAACAGGGUGCUCCCAUGAGACUGUUAGCACCCAGCAGAUGGGACGUUGAGCCUUGGACUGAAGUAGGUGGGGGAAAAUGAAACAGCCACUGCACACACACACACACACACACACACACACACACACACACACACACUCUCUCUCUCCCACAGGGAGUCACUCAGCAGCCUGGAUCUGUAAAGUCGGUGCUGUCUAAAAUGAAUGCAGUUGAAGGAGAGGAACCAAGGGAAAGAUUAAGAAAAAGAACCAGCCAAACCAUGAAACAAAACAAAUCCUUAAAAGUGAUUCUUGUCAUUCAAGAAAGCAAGAGGGAACAAAAAUGGGAGGGGUGGGGGCUCUUCCUUGCCCUCUGUGGAGUCACUUUUGUAUUCUUUUUAACCAGAUUUCUUAAAAUGUUGUUGUUUGUGAUUC